AUGUUACUCAAACCAUUUGUCAUAUUGCGCAAUGCCCUUUGGGGAAAACCACCUUCGGACCCAAAAGAACGUCGCUACUUGUUCAAAUUGGAUGUGUUUGUUCUCACUUAUGUCUGUCUUCUUUAUUGGGUUAACUACCUUGAUCGAGCCAACGUUGCCAACGCAUAUGUUUCAGGUAUGCAAGAAGAUUUGGGAUUAUCGGGCAAUGAUUUCAAUGUCGUCAACACCAUCUUCUAUGUCGGUUAUAUCAUUUCUAUGAUUCCUCAUAAUUUAAUCUUGUUGAAAAUUAGAUCGCGGUAUUGGUUAACUAUAUGUGCUGGUAUAUGGUCAAUACUUACAUUGUCCACGUAUAAAGUCACUCAUUUUUAUCAACUUUGUAUUAUCCGAUUUGUUCAAGCAAUGUUUGAAAGCUGUAUCUUUGGUGGAGUACAUUUGAUCUUGGGAUCAUAUUAUACUGAUGCUAGAGAUUUGAUUAUACGAACAUUUGUAUUCACCUCGAGUGGGCUAGUGGGGCAGAUUUUCUCAGGGGUGAUUCAAGCGGCUGUACAUCAGAAUAUGGACGGGUGGCACGGAUUGGCUAGUUGGAGGGUAUUGUUCAUAAUGGAUUUCAUAUGUAGUUUCCCCAUUGUCAUAUUUGGAUAUAUAUUCUUUCCUGAUGCACCCGAAAUUGGCAAGCCAUUUUAUUUUACUGAUGAAGAACAUGCAAUGGCGUUAGAGAGGUUGGUCAAACCAAAGCAUGAUAAAUUUGGAUGGAAUGUGCUUGUAAGGGUGUUUGGAAAAUGGCACUGGUAUUUAUUUGGCAUGUUGUGGCUUGUUGGUGCAAUAAAUGAAUCAUUUGCAACAAAUAGUGUGUUUGCAUUGUGGUUAAAGUACUAUGAUUAUUCGGUUCUGGAUCGAAACCAUUUCCCCAUGGGAGUGUAUGCUGUCGGGGUUUUAGCAACCGCAAUAUCUGCUUAUUACAUAAGGAAUGUGGGCAAUGGUAAAUUGUACUGGCACAUAUCAUUGGUUAUUGCUUUAGUUGUAUUGAUAUCACCCAUAAUCCACUUGUGUCGACCAUAUACCGAGGGGUCGGUGUUUGUUGCCCAAUACUUGAGUGGUGUGUCGUACGCAGCACAAACAGUUUCAUUUGGCUGGGCCAAUAUAGUAUGUGCUGAUGAUUUACAAGAACGAGCAAUAGUGAUUAGUUCGAUGAAUAUGUUGGGAAAUACCAUGAAUGCUUGGUGGUCAAUUGUAUUCUUUUCUGCUGAUACAGCACCAAAGUUUCGUAAUGGUGCCAUUGCCCUAAUUAGUUCAUCUAUAGCUACUGUAUUUGUUGUGGGAAGCAUAGCGUGGUUGCAAAGGAGAGAUGAAAAAAGAGUUGGUGGCUUGGUUAAACAAGUGGACAUAGAGGAUAUAAUUGAUGAGAGCAUUGAGGAGAAAGAGAAAUAG